AUGCAGUCCUCCCGCUUCCACGCCAUCACGGCCCGCUUCUCAGCCCACAACAUCAGGACCUCCUUCCGCCGGUCUUCAUCUGCCUCCUCCCGAGCAAGCAGCAACAGAGGCUCCUUCUCCUCACAGGAGUCAUCUCCGGUCUCCACAAUCAACAGCAUCAUCUUCCGCCAGCCGUCACUCGUUGACCUGGAGGAGGAGCGCAAGAGCUUCGGCCCCGAGCUGAACAUCCUCGAGCCGAGGCCUGUUGUCUUUUACGGCAGCCUAGAGGAGCGCAUGGGCAGCUUCUAA